UUUGUAGUUUCAAACGGAGCGUAUCUCGACUGGUAAAUACCCGAUACGUACGAACACAAAAUAACAAUGAACGUAAUUUAAUACACAUUUUAAAUGAAAACAAUAUAUUUACGCUCAAUUGAUUUAUUCAACAGAAAGUGACAAGUGAAAUGAACAAUUUUUGAUAUUUACUAAUUUACCGAUAUAUUAUUUAAGUAUUAAAUGAACACCUUGUGCCAUAAAAGUAUUUUUUUUUAUAAAGGUCAUGACAAAUAUAUUAGAAAUCAUGAUACUUAUAAAUAUUGAAACUAUAAACAUCGAAACAAAACACAAAGUGAUUUAAGUUUAAAUUUGGAUCGAUCGGCACCAACGGUUGGUUAAGAUGGAAAUCUUGUUUAGAUUUCUAUCAAGAUUUGGCAGGAAGAAAACAAUAAUUGAAAUUUUGGAAGAUCUUGAUGUGAAAAUUAAAGAGAUAGAAAGAUAUGGAUUUAGUACGGAACAAAGACAGAAAAAAAUUGUUGGAACUCUGAUAUUAUAUAGUGUGAUAAUUUAUAUUAUAACAGCAUUCAUUUUUUACUUCUAUUUCUUCCCUGCAUUACUGUAUGAUCAAAUAUUUUAUAUCAUUUCACUGUUAAUUUUUCCAAUUCUAAUAUUGCUUACAAAAGAGAUGGUAACGUGGUAUUAUAAAUAUAAAAUUUCUAAAAAUCAAGAUAGAUUAAGUAGUAUGCAAUCUGAAAAAAAGAAAAUUCUAGAUGAAGUUAUAGAGACUGAAACAUAUAAAAAAGCUACAGAAAUUCUGUUAAGGUUUGCACCUGAUCAACUAAAAACGACUCCACCUGCAAUAAAAAUUCCUGAACGAUGUACUACAUCACAAUAUAUACGAUUUGUUAUAUCUACUUUGGACGAACUGAGGAAGCGUACAACAAUAAGUAAUAAUCAAGCACUAAAUGCACAAAGCUGUGUAUCUUCUAACACUAGCCCUGUCGCAGCUGGCACAACUCCUGUUCGCAAUUUACCAAAUAAUCCUUUUCAGAGCAAUAGUAAACUAGUCAAUACUCCAAAUUUGAAUCGUAGGUCCCCUUCAUUACGUUCAUCAAUCUUACCACGUCCAAUAUUAUCGCCCCAAAGGACUUAUUUGGAUCGAUUUAUUGAUUAUGUCGUUGGGGAUGGUCCAUCUAAUCGAUGUGCAUUAAUUUGUCAAGGUUGUGAGUCACACAAUGGAAUGGCUCUCAAAGAGGAAUUUGAAUAUUGUGGAUUCAGAUGUUGUUACUGCAAUUUUUGGAAUCCUGCAAAGAAACAGAAGCCAUCUGCUCCGAAACUAGAAUACAAUAUUAAUAAUCGAUCUUUAAACAAUUCUGAACAUUUAUUAACUAACACCGGUACAGAAGUUUUGAAAGAUGGACAAACUAAAUCAAAGGGUACAUCUGAUUCAGAUUUAGAUAUGGAAGCAGUUGAAAGAUCUAUAGAAAGAUUGAAAGAGAUGGAAUCUAUUAAUAAAUCAAGAAAAAAUACAUAUGGUAAGGAACUUAAUAGAGUUAAUAACAAUUAAAGAUGUUUAUAAUUCAAUAUUUUUUUUAAUAGAAAUAAUUGCAAUUAUGUAGGCUAACUAGAUACUGCGGAAUCGGAACGAAAAAAAGUACAUAAUCGUGAAGAAAGCAUAGAAAAAAUAGAUAUCGAUGAAUUUCCUAAAAAAAAAAAUAUGUAGAAGUAAUUUCCAUUGUAAAACUGUUAUAAAAUAUGCGCACUACAAUAUGUGUAUACUAUAAACAUAUAUUGUAGUUUUCAUUAUACUAUACAUGCAGAUAUACAUACAUACAUAUAAAUGUGCGGA